CUUGCACAACAGCAAACAUUCCGCGACGACUGCGUUUCGUCGCUUCUUCUUGUCUUUCUCGUUUCUUCUUCCCAAGCGAUUCUGCACAUCAUGGACGCGCGUGUCGAUUUCGAUAUCAACGAGGCGACUAAGAACUACGACAUCGAUCCGUCGUCAAUAGCCACGGCCGAGGCCCCUCAGGCGCUGCAAGACUGCGAAAAUGACCCAGAAUCGCUGUCGUCGGCGGCGUUGAUCAACAGCGAGCUGAAUCCUGUGGUCGACGCCGUCGCAGAGAGCCCAGAUGCGAUCACUCGCAGCUCAUAUUUUGAUACGUUGCAAUUCCUGCUCAAAUACUCUUCGCAGAUUCCUCCAGCGACGCUCGGAAAGAUACUCGACCUCAUUGUCUCCGCAUUAUCAACACAAGCCGACAUCGUGCAUGCCGACAUAGAGUCGGAGGAGCAAGAUGCGCUACCACACCACAAACAAAUACUGGAGAUGUACGGCUUCUUGCUCCGGUGGACGAUAUCAGCAGUGGAGACAAGAGCCCUCGAGAAAUCGGCAUCUGCGCCGGCAGCGCGAGGUCGGGGCAAAGGCGCCAAGUCGAAAUCUGGAGCGAGCAAAGACGGUACUUGGGAUGCGUCAGCGCAGCUUGAGACGGCCCUCGACAGGAUGAGCAAGGUCCUUAGGCUGAAACUGGGACGCAUAUUCGUCACCACAUCGGAACGGGAUACCUUCAUCGGCCUGUUUACGAAGCCGGUUUACUACAUUCUGGAGAACGAGGCGAGGGUAAAGAGCACAGCGAUUCGGAUGCAUUGCUUCAGAGUGCUAUGUAUUGCGAUCAAGCAUCACGGGCAUGCGUACACCGCUCAGACAUCCAUCAAUCAGAGUCUGACCUAUUUCGAGCAUCUGUCGGAGCCGAUGGCUGAGUUCCUGCAAAUUCUUGCCGAGCAAUAUGAUUAUCCUCAGCUCACCGAAGAAGUCCUCCGCGACGUGAGUAACAAGGAGUUCAGUGGCACAGAUCAGAAAGGGCCGAAGUCUAUUUCGACUUUCUUGACAAAGAUCUCGGAACUCCUUCCGCACCUGGUCAUAAAGCAGAUGACAUUACUUGCGAACUUGCUAGACAGCGAGUCGUACACCCUCCGUUGCGCGAUGAUCGAUGUCUGCGGCAACUUGAUAGCUAUGCUCAGCAAGCAAGACGGAGACGACCGAAGCGAAAACCACAAGACCCAGGUCCGUAUUUUCUUCGAUGUCCUCGAGGAGAGGUUUCUAGACGUGAAUCCGUACUGCCGAUGUAGAGUCAUUCAGGCAUACAUCAAACUUUGCGAUCUCGAGCAGAAGUUCCCCAAACGGCGACAGACGGUUGCGGAGCUGGCGGCGAGGAGUCUUGAAGACAAGAGCAGUAAUGUUCGACGAAAUGCGAUCAAGCUCCUCGCAAAACUCGUCUCAACGCACCCGUUCACGGCGCUUCAUGGUGGCUUACUUGCGACCAAAGACUGGACCGUCCGGCUGGAAGAGUGCGACGCACAAAUUAAUGCCUUGAAACCUCCCGAAGAACUGCGAGAGCAGCCUGCGCCUGGGGAGCAGACGGUGGACGAGACACUACUGCAGGACGCGACGCAGGCCGAAAACGACGCACCUGAAGCGCCAAAGCACCCCAAGGAAAUGACUGAGGAGGAGAAAGAGGCUGCCAUCAAGAAAGUCCAAGAAGAGGCUGCGACCGCACAGAUGAUGGACAUGCUGCAGAAGACCCGAAAGUACUAUCUAGAGGCUCUGAAGUUCAUCGAAGUCGUGGACGAGGCAGCUGAGGUUGUUACGCAGCUGCUCUCUUCUAAGAACAAGAGUGAGGUUAUUGAAGCGAUGGACUUCUUUACGGUUAUCGACGCCUACAAGAUUCCCAAUGCUCGCACUGGUAUUCGCAGGAUGUUGCGCCUCAUCUGGACUAAGGGCAACAGCGAUGAGGGCAAGGGCGUCCAGGCUCACCUCAUUGAGUGCUACAAGGGCCUAUUCUUCGAUGCUCCUCCCGACUUCAACGCGAACGAUUCCGCCAACUAUAUUGCGAAGAACAUGAUUAGCCUUACCUUCGGCACGACGCCCGCAGAGCUCACAUCUCUGGAGCAACUUCUCAGCACAAUGAUGAAGCAAGGGCUUGUGAAUGAGCUUGUUGUUCAGAAACUCUGGCAGGUGUAUGGCUACCAAAAGAAGGACAUAUCGAAGAAUCAACGCCGGGGCGCUAUCAUCGUUCUAGGUAUGCUUGCGCUUGCCGAUUCCAACAUAAUUGUACAAGAGAUGGAAGCGUGUUUGCGUAUCGGCCUGGGCGAGCUUGGUCGACGAGAUCUUGGCUUAGCUCGAUAUACCUGCAUUGCGCUCCGUCGAAUAAGCCCCCCGCCUGGCAAGCAGAACGCCGGUGCACAUCCUACACAAGCCGUCAAGCUGCCCAACGACCACGCCGUACUAGUGAGGCUAGCAUCCAUGUGCGAGAUCGUGUCGGAUAACAAGGAAUGGUUUGGGGUUGCGGAACAGGCCAUAAGCGCUAUUUACGUCCUGUCGAAACACCCCGAUGUUCUCUGCUCAGAGAUUCUCCGGCGGAAGAUCAAGUACGUCUUUGCGCCUCGAAUCUCCUCACGACCUUCAUCGAGUAGAUCAGAUGUGGAGGAGGCCAGCCAGGUGCCGGGUCCAGCUGAAGAAGCAGCGCCAGAACCGCCAAAGGAAGUUCAGCCACAACCCCCAAAGCAGAACUCUGCACUCGCUCUUUCACAGCUGCUGUUCAUUGUGGGGCAUGUAGCCAUUAAGCAGAUUGUCCAUCUCGAACUCUGCGAGCUGGAGUUCAAGCGACGAAAAGCUGAGAAGGAAAAGAAGACCGCACCUACACCACGCAAGUCCCUCGCGGCGGAGAACCCAUCGCCCGUGAAGAAAGGCAGAAAGAAGUCAGCCGACAAAGAGCAGACUCCUGCUCCAGAGGAAGCCGACGAACUUGAUCUCAUGGCCGGCACGACAGAGGACGACUUCACUGAAGCCAUUGCCCACAUCCGUGAACGCGAGCUUCUCUACGGUCCGCAGUCGCUUCUCGCAAACUUCGGCCCCCUCGUGGCGGACAUUUGCGCCAAUAACACCUCGUACAAUCAUCCAACACUGCAGGCGCAAGCCGCUCUCUGCUUAGCGAAGCUCAUGUGCGUGAGCUCGGAAUAUUGCGAAGGCAACCUCGGUCUCCUUCUCACUAUCCUCGAGCGAAGCAAAGAUGCUGUUGUUCGCAGCAACCUUGUUGUUGCGCUGGGUGACAUGGCGGUCUGCUUCAACCACCUCAUCGAUGAGAACACCGACUUCCUUUACCGCCGCCUCAAUGAUGGCGAUCCGAGUGUGAAACGCACAUGCCUCAUGACACUGACCUUCCUUAUCUUGGCCGGUCAGGUUAAGGUUAAGGGUCAACUGGGUGAGAUGGCGAAGUGUCUCGAAGACAGCGACAAGAAGAUUGCGGACAUGGCACGUAUGUUCUUCUCUGAGCUUGCGACCAAAGACAAUGCCGUGUACAACCAAUUUGUGGAUAUGUUUAGCGUGCUGAGCGCCGACACGGCGUUGGACGAAGACGCAUUCAAGAGGAUCGUAAAGUUCUUGUCUGGCUUCAUUGAGAAGGACAAACAUGCCAAGCAGCUCGCCAACAAGCUUGCUGCCAGGCUCCCGCGAGUGGAGAGCGAGAGGCAUUGGAAUGAUGUCGCGUUCACAUUAGGCCAGCUGCAACACAAGGACGAAGAGAUCCAGAAGAUGCUCGCAGAGGGCUUCAAAGUUGUGCAAGCGGCAGCGUGACGUGUAUGAAAUGUUGAUGAUAAGGCUUAUGACGGAUGUGAUAUCUGGGUGGGGGUUCCAGUUGGAUGCUGGAUUCGGCGUUGGGUUGGCUUGCAUGACAGGUCCCAGGAUAUGGAUGCUACAUAAUGAUUCUUUUCAUCGCUUCGUUGCUAUGCCAUUAUCGUCCUGUUUCUCAAAGAAAAAAGGCUUGCCGCAUCCAGCCAACAUUUCCAGAUCUCAACCGCGCCUGCUGUGGUUGACCAGUCGCAAAGAAAC